CGAAUAUCUGGGAUCUGUUGCUGUCUUGGGCUUUAGGCGCAUUCCGACGUGAAUGGUGGUGAUGGUCUUCUGGACGUUAUAUUCAUCUUAACCCUUGAGUUGCUACCAGCUGACAACAACGCAAGCUUUUAGCUCUGCCUAUCACCUCCGAGACAACCUCGAGCUUAGGCCUCCCACUGCCUUCUUCUCGCUUUUUUGUGUGUUGCUCCCGGUUGAGGCCGCAACAACGUGUAUCCGCUUGUUUUGAUACUUCAAUCUUCGCCUGCUGCUCGAAGACACAAUCUUCAAAAUGGCUGGCAAACGAAAGCGGGACAUCCUCGACUUUGACCCUAACAAGUCUGAUUCCGACGACGAGAACUUCGAGCCCGAGGUCGACCGGCCCCGCUCGCGCAAGAAAACUCGCCCGCCCGGAGCCACCAAGUCUAGUACUCGUAGUAGGAGAAUUAAAUAUCGGGGGUCUGAUAUUGAUGAUGACGAGCUCGGAGAUAGCGAGCAAGAGAACUCAUUUGGCGAAGACGACAUAGAAGAGGAGCCCGAACCUCCCAUCAACGAAAAUACCGGUCGCCGCGUUCGAAAAGCAGCUACCAAACACCAGAAUUAUAAGGAGAGUUCGGAUGAGGACGAUUUAAUUCGGGAUUCGGACGAAGAGAAGGACGAUCUUAUCAAGGAACCACCUAAGAAAUCCCCCCGGCAGAGGAAAUUGAUUACUCUCAAAGUUCCCCCGCAGUCGCAGUCGCGCAAAACGCGCGCAGCCUCCAACGCGACUGCUCCAAUUGGCAUUAGAAGAGUCACUCGAGCGCGCACAGCCGAAGCAGAAGACGAGCUGGUCGAGCUAUCAAAUUCGGGUAGACAUGCGAGGCUAGCCCGAGGUUCUAAGAGCAAGAGCCCGGAAGCCCUAGGCAUCGUUGGCCGACCAACUCGUAGCGGAAAAGGUAUCAAAAUGACGAUUCCCACUGUAAUUGAAGAGGAUACCCAGGAAGAGAGCAAACCGUCUGAAGCCGAAGCUGAAGUUAUGCAAGACCCUAUCGUCCAAGAUGUCGAUCCAGCCGAGGAAGAUGCCAUCGGUCAAGUAGAUGAUGAAGUGAUCGAAAAUACCGUUCUAGAUCAAGAAGAGCCUAUAAAAACGGUGGAGAAAAAUGACGCUAUGGAGGUGGAUGACGAAGAUGACGAUGUCCCCGUCGCACGUAAGACGCGCAGCGCGAGGGCUAACCAAACUGCGGCAGCCACCGAAGACGCUCCUGCUGAUGAUGGCAGUCCGGUUAAGAGAAUCCGCGGCCGACUCACACGAAAAUCUCGGUUCGGAAAGUCCCUCCAAGAGCCUAGCAGUGAUUUUGAACCCGGAAAUGAGUCCGCAGAAGAGAACGAAUCUGGUCCCGAAGCUCAUAAGGGUGGAGAUGUCGGUGAUGACGACGAUAAUUCAAGUCCCAGUGCCCGUGGUCGAAGAUCAUCGAGGGGCAAGGGAAGAAGAUCUGUGAGAAGAUCGCAGCGGCGUGCCGAGUCCGGAGACGAAGACGAGGUUGACGAAAACGAAGUAGCAGAAGAACUCAGAGAUCUUCGACAAGAUUCUCGUUCGCGCAGAGAACGCCGCUCGCCACAAAUCCUCUUUGAGAAGAAAGCCGAGACCAGACGCCGUAGAGGCCAGCCGGUAAAUUAUGCAAUUGCGCCGCUCAAUGCAUUCACUGUUGAGCAGGAAGAAGAUGACGACGACCCGGCUCCGACACCAGCCCGUCGACGUGGACGUGCAAACGGAGGCGGCGGUUGGGACCAUAGUCUCCACACGACUGCUGGCGCUUUAGGCGGCGUCGGUCUUGUCGGCUCGCUGCUCGGCGGACCGUGGGGUACUGGUGCCGCGGGUGGUGCGGAUUCUGAUAGCAGCGACGAUGAGAUGAAUAACCGAACAGGAAUAGCUGGAAUGGUGGGUAUGACGCCAACCUCGGCGGCUCCUCCUGGCCCGUCGCUCGCAAAUGCGGAGGGAGGUGGUCUCCUUACGCCCGCGCCAAAUGUCGGUAAAAUUAAGAACCCGAAGGCUCUUGCUGAUGCGGACCCCCUCGGUGUGGACAUGAACGUUGACUUCAGUCACGUCGGUGGCUUGCAGAGUCACAUCGAUCAGUUGAAAGAGAUGGUACAACUGCCGCUACUAUACCCAGAGUUGUUCACUAGAUUCCACGUUACGCCGCCGAGAGGAGUGUUAUUCCACGGUCCACCGGGAACAGGAAAGACUUUGCUGGCUCGAGCCCUCGCAAAUACGGCUGGCAUCGGCGGCAGGAAGAUCACCUUCUAUAUGCGCAAGGGUGCUGAUGCCCUUAGCAAAUGGGUCGGAGAGGCCGAGAAACAGCUGCGUCUCCUAUUCGAAGAAGCUAGAAGAACGCAACCUAGCAUUAUCUUCUUUGACGAGAUUGAUGGACUCGCCCCCGUACGGUCAAGUAAGCAGGAGCAGAUUCAUGCGUCGAUAGUAUCUACCUUACUCGCUUUGAUGGAUGGCAUGGACGGUCGCGGCCAGGUGAUAGUCAUUGGCGCUACCAACCGACCGGAUAGCGUGGAUCCUGCCCUCCGCCGACCGGGUCGCUUUGAUCGAGAGUUCUACUUCCCUCUACCCGACGUGGACGGUCGCAAGUCGAUCAUCGAUAUCCACACCAAGGAUUGGGGCCUUACCGACGAGUUCAAGCUGUCUCUGGCUAAGGACACGAAGGGUUACGGCGGUGCUGACCUGCGUGCUAUGUGCACCGAGGCUGCUCUCAAUGCAAUCCAGCGAACGUACCCGCAGAUUUAUAUGUCCAAGGAGAAGCUUGUCGUCAACCCGGAGAAGAUCAACAUACACAUGACCGACUUUAUGCUCUCUAAAAACAAGAUUGUGCCUUCUUCAGAGAGAUCCGCGAUAUCCGGGGCCGCGCCCUUCCCGAAACCUAUCGAGCCUCUCCUUCGAGACCAGUUUAAUACUAUUACCAAUCUUUUGGAUGGUGUCUUUCCGCGCAAGAAGAAAGUGACAGCCCUAGACGAGGCCAUGUUCGAGCCUUACGACGAUGAAGACUUUGGUUUCAGUCGAGAGGCCCUGCAACAGGAGUUCCAUAGAUUUCGCGUUUACCGACCGCGGCUUUUAAUAUGCGGCUCGCAGGGAAUGGGACAGGUUUAUGUCAGUGCUGCUAUCCUCCACUACCUCGAAGGUGUCCACGUUCAAAACUUCGACAUAGCAAAUAUACUUGGUGAUCCCCUGCCUGCCGAGCAAGUUUUGUUCGGGCUUUUCGCCGAGGCCAGACGCCAGAAACCGAGCGUCAUCUUUAUCCCGCAUGUUGACAUGUGGUAUGAGACAUUAGCUGGACCGGCGCUCACCGCGUUCAUGUCCAUGCUCAGGACCAUACAGCCUACGGAUUCCAUCAUGGUCGUAGGUACCGCAGAGAAGGAGCUAGAACAGAUCAGUCCCGAUCUCAAACGCGAUCUCUUUGGAUGGUCUAAUUCCAACUUUGUGGAGAUUGCCCGCCCAGCGAAGGAGAAUCGACGUGAAUACUUCGAUAGGAUCCUGGGGCAUAUUCGAAGACUCCCUAAAGACUUUCCCGAACCGACUAAUCGAAAAAAGAGAGUGCUGGAAGUGCUUCCCGUCGCCCCGCCGCCCCCGCCUAAGCAGAUGACUCAGGAAGAGAUCGAUGCCGAAAAUCUGCUUUACAGAAAAGCUCUCAACUUGUUGAAGAUCCAUCUGCAGCCUAUCAUGGACCAGAUCAAGCGCAAAUAUAAGGUCUUCCGGUCCCCUAUCAUACCCCUAUCGCAGUAUCAAUACCUCUUCGACGAGGCAAAUCCGAACUAUGUCAGACCCGACGUGGCAGAUGCCCCGCCGCGUCCCUAUGUACUUUCUCAGGAUGCGGAGGGAGCCCCGGGUCUCCUCGAGACAGCGACGGGCAAGUUUUAUUAUAAUCUCGACACGGUGACAAUCGAGACGAGGCUCGCUCACGGUUACUAUGUUAACCCAUGGGUAUUCUUAAAGGACGUAAAGUCUUUUGAGCGUGACGCAAAGAACCUCGGCGACAAGGCCCUCUGGCUUAAGGCUGACGAACUUGCUACUAACGUGAGCGUGGACGUCUCCGAUAUUAACGAUAAACUCCAGAAGAUCGAUUGGGAUGCAGAGUGGAAGAGAGAGCAAUUUCGGAAGAGGGAGUCGAAGCGAAUACAGAGAGCCCGCAAGAGAGAAGCGCUUGCCAACCAAACCGGUGGAAAAUUCUUGCAGGGCCCUCAACAGGUAGAGUUGCAAAAGUCCCAUACGACAACAGCCCAUUUCCAAGUUAUCGGCGAGGAAGCUAUCACGAAUGGAGGGAGCUCGCUAAAUCAUGACAAUACGAACGGAACAUCCGCACCGUCCCGAGUUUUGGACGACGAUGCUACCAUGACUGAUAUUGAUAGCCAGCCGCCGCCCGGUGGCCUAAACAUGCCCAUGCAGCCACCCUCUCAGUGGCCCCGCAUGUCUGUUCAAUCCCUGCACACAUCCAUACAAGCGACGGCAGGAGGUACGAACCAGUUCUCCCAGAUCUCAGCUGUUCAGUCUCUUCCUCCGGGUGUAUCGCCGUCAGCGUUAAUUAACGACGCGUCCACCACGAAGACAUCAGAUCCUUCCAACCGAUCAUCCAACUUCAGCACACAGGCUACUAAUGGGAUCCAUCACGAGCAAUCUAGCCCUGGUGACAACCUUCCGGAUACCCAACCGUGUCCCGGAAAUAGCCAGGCCACGUCCAGCGACGAGCAGUGGCCUCACUCUCAGGCUCACGGCCUCUUGCGGGGAUAUAUCCCCCAGCCCGGGUCGUUCCACGGGUCGCGCGCACAGGCAUCGCCUGCAGGUGGAAAAUCAUCACAUGCCCCGAGUAUGGUAAACUUACUAAACGACCCUCCCGUUGACGAACCGUCGCAAUCGCAAUCGCAAUCGCAGUCGCAAUCGCAGCGCCAGUCGGGCAUAUCGUCAGCUUCUCAACAGGUCGAGCUAGACGAUUCUCAGGCCUAUUACUUCUUGGAGAGACUCACCGAACGCACAUCGGGUUGCACCAUCGAGCAGCUGCAGCAGAUCUACCGCGAGAUGAUGGUAGAGCUCUGGAGGACGAGAGGCGAGAAUAACCGCAUGAAAGUACUCAACUCGGUCACCCGAGUUUUUAACGAGGCUAUUAAUGAGAUCGAGUCGAGUCAGGGGAUGCUCCAACCAAGCCAAUAGUUGAUAGGAUCAACGAUAAGGGGUUAUGAAUUUCGUGGAUAUAUCUGAAAGAGGUUGGCCAACCUCCCUAUGUAAUUAUAAAAAGACUACUAGAGGCGAGGAGCCUAAAGGAACCGCGUGGUAAGGUGGCGGAAUAUUGCAUUGUCUGUAAGGCGAUCCGGACGCAGGAAACGUUUAUGGCUUACUGCUUAUGAAGGCUUUGGCUCGCGCCUGAUUUUUUUUAUAAUACGCCUAGUUCACGCCUUAGGUAGGACUGACACAUUUGGUGUACCGAAAAUACGAUCGUCUUUUAAUCAAG